UUAGGUGACUUCAUUGCUAAAAAUAUCUACCCUCCGGGAUCACUUCUGGCCACUUUUCUCCAAGAAAGUCGCGAGUGAAAAUGCUGUUUUGAACAACAGUGUGUAGCUUAAGUGUCUGUGAACGUUUUUAAAAGCAGCAAUCAUGACGUCAAAGCCAAAUACACCGAAUUACCCCCGAGAGAGUAUCACCUCGGCGUGGCACACCCUCAAGACACUCAACUUCUCCCAAGGACGUGAGAUUAAAGGCACGAUAUAUAAUAUAGGAGCCGUAGCGGGAGUGUCCACGGUAGUUGCCUUUGUCUUCGUCCUCCUGCCCUUCCUCAAGCCACUGCUAUGGGCACUUCUCAUUGGAGCCGUUGUGUAUCCCUUCAAGAGGAAGAUGAGCUCCUCCAUAAAGGCCUGGUUCGACAGGCUCGAGCAGACGGAUGGGAAUCUGAUUCUUAACAUUGCCAUAGCGCCUAUGCACAGCCUGGAAUCGCUCGGAGAGAUGCUGGGAAACUUCUUGCGCAAUCACAAACACCUCAUCCUCAUUGGUGUCGGAGGACUCGCUAUGAUGAGGUUCACGGUUGAGUAUGCGCCCAAGAAGUUUCUCUGUCUCAUGUGGAGAGCCAUCGUGCUGAGCCACAGCUACGUGACUAACAUUUUAGGUCAACUGAGCGCCCAUCUGGUGGUGACCUUCCUGGUGGCCUACAUAACUACCGUGGUGCUCUUCUGGAAGCCGACCAACCAUACGAAAUUCAUGAUGUUCGGCCAGUCACUGUGGCUGCUUCUCGUAGCGUAUCUCUGCAGUUUCCUGGGUCCGUUCCAAGUUCCUGUGUUCAUCGCUCUGCUGCUCUACGGCCUCGCCGGUGUGAUUUUCACUUACCGCGCGCAGUGUGAGAGAUCCUCAACUGAAGAUGUGAAUCUCACGGAACGACUGAGACGCUUUAUAGAAGUGCCCAGAGGACCGAAACCCACGAAGGAACAGCUGAAUACCAGCGCCUCGAAGACUCAACUCGACGCUCCUCUGCCUGAAGUCCCCAGCGAAGAUGAGCCCGGAGAGAGUGAUUUCUACUUCAAUAUUCUCUUCCUGGCUUGCGGAGGCACGAUAAUCUUUCGCAAUAUGUGGAUUUUGGUCUUCUCCGCCGUGCCUAUAUUCAUCCACUUUUCCAAGGAAGCGCUCCAUUCCACCGGAAGUCUGGCUUAUGCGAGUGAGAAGGCCGUUCGCGUGCAGACAGCCAUUGAGAAGUGGAUCAACGAGCGCUACACCGCUGUAUUCCCCAUCUGUCUGCCCGGUGUCAUCCUCAUCAAUCGGAAGGUGCAUCAAUGUGUGCGAGAAGGACUCAAAUCAUCUGUAGACACAAUGUCAUCUAUUGCGGUGAUCGUGCUAAUGCUGGUCGUGGUGAUUUCUGCUGGAGUUUUCCUAGCCGUGCAAAUUUACUCAGAAGGUAUUGCCGUGGCGCAGUUGGGACAUGAUGUCAUCCAGAAGGCUUUUAUGCACAGGCCAGAGCUUAAAGAUAUGUUCCCGGAGAGCACUUUCGACAAUAUCAUCGACAAUGCCCAUGAGUAUGGCCGAAACACCAUCGAGACUUACAUAGAUGACAUCCUAAAGGACACAGACAAGCAGCAAGCGGUGAAGCUGAAGGAACAGGUGCUCACGACGUGGGAUCGUCUUGUGCAGAAUAUGCUAGAGCGAAGUGGGGACGAUUCAAUUGGCCCGAAGAUGGGCUUCGAUAUUCGGGAAUCUUUGGAUGAGAUUGUGGACAAUCCGGCCGCCAAGGAGGGUAUCAUUGCGUGGGCCAAGAGCAACGUGGGGAUGCUCAAGGACGUCAUGGACUCCCUGUGGAUCAUCUUGCAGAAGAAUAUGUACCUCUUGGGCACUGUCCUCGGUUCUGUCUUCUCAAUUGUUCUUGGUGGAGGUCAUGCUGUGGUGACUUUCGUAGUGGACACGAUCGUCUUCUUCACAGCUCUCUUCUAUCUGCUGUGCAGCAGUGAAGAGAGAUAUUCACCGCUCGUGUUCGUGACGUCCCUGGGCUUCAAGUCUGGCCCCAGAAUCGCUGAAGCGAUUGAGGGCAGCAUAGCAGGAGUGAUAACAGCCACGGCAAAAAUUGCUCUCUUCCACGGCUUGUUCACGUGGCUCACGCACACUAUCUUCAGCGUGAACGUGGUGUAUCUGCCGGCCGUGUUGGCCACCGUCCUGGCUGCUGCGCCCUUCCUGGGCACCUAUUGGUGCGCCGUGCCGGCAUUCUUCGACUUGUGGCUGGCGCAGGACAGAUUCUGGAUGGCUGUGAUCCUCCUGGCGCUCCACUUUUUCAUCCCAUCAACUGUGGAUGCGGCAGUUUAUGCGGACAUCAAGAGCUCAGGGCAUCCAUAUCUCACGGGUCUGUCCAUUGCCGGCGGACUGUACUGGAUGGGCCUCCAGGGAGCCGUGCUGGGCCCACUGCUGCUCUGUCUCCUCGUAAUGAUCUUCGACCUUACAGUGUCGGCCAUCAACAAGGAUUCCCCAGUGACAAACUCAGCGAGUAGUAGCUCCAAAUGAAACCAACU